CUACUUAAUUUAAGAACAAUAUUCAGCAUUGAAUGUUUAAAAUGAAUGUUUAAGGCAGUUUCGAAUGUAACACCCUGUGUAAAAUGUAAAAUAAUGGGUUUUGAUGAGUUGAAUUUUUUUAUUUGGUGACCGCGUGGGAAAUCAAAUAAUGACGUAGAAAUCAACGUAAAUCGGUCGUAGGUCGUAAAUUUUCGAUACGAAACGUUGAAAAAAAAAUUUUCCGGUGGAACUUCGGUGUUUUUCUCCUUUUCAUUAUUUUACCUUGGUUUGGGUCGCGUUUUAGGGGAUUUAUUUUUAUGAUUAUAUGAAAUAUGGCGACUGCGGAAAAUACAACCGAUGUACAUUUAUUAAAACAUACAAAAAUAUCGGUACACGUAGACGAAGCCCUACCGGAUAUCAUAGUAGUCACGUACGAAUUUGGCGUAAAAAUUUUUAAAGGAGUCUUAUUAGAUUCAACUAAAAAGAACUUACCAUGCGGCGUUCAAACUCUAAAUCCAGCCUUAAACGUGCCAAAAGCAAACUCAGAGGAAGACCCUUUAUACGCAGUUAACCAACGGUUUAAUUACACAGAACCGGGAGCAACAAAAAAACGAACUCACCUCUCAAAAUAUAAAAACAACAAAAUGACUGUGAGGUUAAGACCCAGGCAGGUCCUGUGCUCAAAAUGCAAAGGAAUUUGUAAUGAAAACUCGGAAAACGUCACCAGGAAAAGAAAAUCAACUGAAAGUGUACCUAACCCUCACCCAAAACGAAGCGCCAACGCCCCCGUUACCAGAUCUGUACAAAGAAAUAUUGGAGGUUAUGUAAAACCAACAUCGACGACCCAAAUCAAAAGAACCAAAAUGGACAAAGUUAAAAAGUCGAAUGGAAACGUUUCUGAGGACACCAAUAGUAACGUAGAGGAAGAUCAAAGUUUUGUACAUUCCCAAGAACAUUCCGAACAACCCUCAACAACCACAUCUUUGGAGUCAGUUCGAAAUUUUGGAAAAACAACGAAACACAAACAAAUGUUACGAAAAAAAAGGAAUUUAGGCUCUGCAGAAGAACCUGUCGAAGAAAUUCGAAGCGAACCGGACACAAAGAACAAAGAAACACCAUCGACGACGUUCAUUACGCAAAAUUGUAACGUUCAAAACGAACAACCUUUAACAACAACAUGUACAAAUACAAGAACGAUUAAAAUAUCGUAUGGACCUCAAGGUGAAGGAACAGUUUUAAAAAUUCCAGCUCAAAUUGAAAAUUUAGUAAGCGAUCAUGAUUCGGAAGAGAAUUUGGAUGAACAAAAACUAUUAAAAAUGAAAGAUGAAAAUAAAGAUAAAGCGGCAAGAAGGGCAAUGAAGAAAGCCAAAAAAGAGGCUAAGAAGAAAGUUUUAUUAAAUCACUCACCUACUUAUUCGAUCGGGGCUUCUUCGCCUCGAUACACCGUUGGUAGCGCUUCGCCCCGACACGGUCUCGGAAACGUUUCUCCGAGAUACAUGGUGAAUUCGACGUGUGAUAUUAACGCACCUAGACGGCGAAAACACAAAGUUAAACACAAGAAGAGACAUAAAGAAGUUCGAAAACAUCGCGAGGAAGAUGUUGAGACGACGCAUGAUGAUCCUCCGGUUGAACAAGUUAUUACGCAGAAACUUUCGAUUAAUUUGAAAAGAUUAAAUAACACGUAUACGUCGUGUUCGAGUUCUGUGGAAAAUGAAGAUUCUGGUUCGGAGGAUAUAAGCGAUCAAGUUCCAGAUUUUCCGCCGGUUAAUUCGCCAAUAGUGCUUCAUUUGAAUGUUCAAAGUGUUUCUGGAGUAAAUGGUUGUAAAUUAUUAGUUGGUGAUGUAAUUUGGGGAAAAAUCCAUGGAUUUCCAUGGUGGCCAGGAAAAAUUCUUGCAAUUACGAAUGGGGAUAAUAAAUGUGCCCAAGCUCAUGUAUCAUGGUACGGAUCCUCAACGUCAUCUCUUAUAAAAUGUGAUCAACUUAGUCCUUAUUUAGAAAAUUUCAAGGUUAGAUAUAAUAAGAAAAAAAAGGGUCCAUAUAAAGAGGCAAUUAAACAAGCAACAAAUGAUGCCAGGGAAAACGCAGAAAAUCGUGUUAGAGAACAACAACAACAAUCAGUUGUGGGUGGAUCUCCCGCACGAACGGCAUUUAUAAAUGUUGUCCCUCCCGCGUUGGCAUCUCCACGAGAAAUCGAUGUGGUUUCUUAAUAAAUAAAUAAGGAAAACGCCAUAAAAAGGUAACAAAAGAUUCUUUUAAAGGUCGGGUAGUUAUAUUAUAAUACAGGGUGUUGAAAAACGCUUAAAAAAAGUUUUUGCGAGCUCCCUGUGUAUUGUGGUAAACAAAAAAAAAAGAAUGGUCAGUCGAUUUAGCCAUUAUUUUUACAUUUAACUAAUUCCUAAGUGUGUCUGUAUAUUUACGAUAAAAUACGGUGAAAAACAAUGAGAGAAAAGUUACUUAUUUUAAUGAUCUGUUUAUUAUUUCUUUUGCUAAGAAAGUUACUUAAUCUUUUUCUCAUUUAUGUUCUGUUGAUAUUUGCCCUUCAUAAUUUAAUUUAAUAAUACUAAAGUUUUUUUGAAGUUGUUUUCGAUUGGAGGAGUUUAUGGGGAUUUAAAAUUUAUAUAUCUUUUUGUGAUACGCAUUAAUUAAUUAAUAACUUGAGUUUUGGAGCACUAUUUAGUUCAUUUACUUUAAAUCUAGGCUAUUUUACGUUUAUUGUCCGUUACAAUAAUCAAUAUAUCUGUGAUUUUUCAUUUAGAUUUAGCCAUAGUGUUGUAUAAAUUUAAUAAAAAUACUAUUUGGUAUAAAUGUUAAAA